GCGAGCAGCCAGAGAGAGAGAUAGAGAGAGAGAGAGUGAGAGAGUGAGAGAGAGAGUCUGACACCGAGGUCCUCCACACAAAAGUCCUUCACAGCGCUCGGUUCAGGGGAAAAUGCGGCUGGGGGACGCUAUGCUGACAGUCUGGUUCCUUGUAGAGCGCCAGUGAUGGAUGAUUAAGGAUGUUAUGGGAUUACUGUGUAGUGCUUCUAUGGAAUAAAGUUGCAGAAUGGACUCUCAUGGAGAAAACAGGCUCAGCACUUGAACUGCAGCCCAUAGAGAGGACAACCUGGAAUUAGUCUCAUUAUCUUUCUAAACCUAUUCAGCUGAACUGGAACUGUGUUUACUAGUGUGACAAGUGUACAGAACAAACCAUGCAUUUGGGCAGAGGACUGCUGUUUUUCCUUCUCUUGAACAGUGUGACCAUGAGUUUCUCUCUGUCAACCUGCACCACGGUGGACAUCGACCACAUCAAGAAGAAGAGGGUGGAGGCCAUCCGGGGUCAGAUCCUCAGCAAGCUGCGGCUGACCAGCCCGCCGCAGACCCUGGGCCCUAAUCAGGUGCCCUAUCAAGUGCUGGCCCUCUAUAACAGCACGAGGGAACUGCUGGAGGAGUUAGGACGAGACCGACACCAGAGCUGCGGCCAGGACAACACCGAGACCGAAUACUACGCUAAAGAGAUACACAAAUUCAACAUGAUCCAGGGCUCCCCCGAAAACAAUGACCUUCCCUACUGCCCCAAGGGAAUAACGUCCAAGGUUUUCCGCUUCAACGUCUCCAGCAUGGAGAAGAACGCCACCAACCUGUUCCGGGCAGAGUUUCGUGCGCUGCGUGUGCCCAACUCCAGCGCCAAGAGAAACGAGCAGCGCAUCGAGCUCUACCAGAUUCUUCGUCCAGAUGAGCACAUCGCUAAGCAGCGUUACAUCGGCGGCAAGAACGUUCUGACAAAAGGAACGCCGGAAUGGGUUUCGUUUGACGUCACUGAGACCAUACGGGAGUGGCUCAUGUAUAGAGAGACCAACCUCGGCCUGGAGGUCAGCGUUCACUGCCCGUGCCACACGUUCAGCACCAACGGAGAUAUCGUUGAGAACAUCAAUGAGGUGUUGGAGGUCAGAUUCAAAGGGAUGGACAGCGAGUACGAGGAGCAGAACCGCUGGGAUUUGGGUCGACUAAAGAAGCAGAAGGAGCAGUUUCUUCCUCAUCUGAUCCUAAUGAUGCUGCCGCCACACCGGCUGGACGUGCUACCCACCUCUAGACGACGCAAACGUGCGCUGGACACCAACUACUGCUUCUCAAACUAUGAGGAGAACUGCUGCGUUCGGCCGCUGUACAUUGACUUCCGGCAGGAUCUGGGCUGGAGGUGGAUCCACGAGCCGAAAGGGUAUCACGCCAACUUCUGCUCCGGGCCGUGCCCGUAUCUCCGCAGCGCCGACACCACGCACAGCUCGCUGCUGAGCCUGUACAACACGCUGAACCCCGAGGCGUCCGCUUCCCCCUGCUGCGUUCCUCAAGACCUGGAGCCGCUCACCAUCCUCUACUACGUGGGCCGAACGCCUAAAGUGGAGCAGCUCUCCAACAUGAUCGUCAAAUCCUGCAAGUGCAGCUGAGGGGCCUGAGACCCCGGCCCUGAGCCCGACACGGGUUCCAGCGCUCGAGGGGCGACAGGAAGGGUGCGUGCCAGGAACUGGACUCUUGAAUGAAUACCUCUAUACAUCCUUCUCACCCACAUCCAACCCGGGAGCCAGAGGCUUCUCUAAGCACUAGAAAGUACGCUGCCCUACGAUCCCUUGGACUUCUAGUUUGACGUUUGAAGUGACUUGUCCACUUUUAAUGUGUAUUUUUUGGUCAGCUCUUUUAACGGCGAACCUCAAGGGCAUUUGUGAACGCUGACCUUUGUAAGAUCCACAGCGGCUUCACUGAGGACGACACUGAUCGACAUGCGCCGACCCUUGUGUUUUCGUGUAACGCAUUUGAGCACGCCAUUUCCCAGACUGAACGUUGUAGUGUGUAAUCGGCACCGUUUGUCUAAUGCGACGGUGUAAAUGUUAAUACAAACAUGCUGGAAAGAAAUCUUUUGAGAAAACAAUGUGUUUUGACUUAUGUUUACCUCUGUCACUCGGCAGAAGUUUUAGGGAUUUUUAUAGUUCUUCAAUGAAGCUGAUGUUUGGAAAUGACGUAUGCUGACACAUGAACUUUUUAGAUCACAAACUGCUAAUGUUUUUACUGCUAUUACUCCUGAAAACACUUUUUUUAAUUAAACAGUCUUGGACAAAAA